AUGGACUCUCAUCACACCUUGGCCCAGAACAGGGCGGCAUUGGAGGCGUUUGUGCGACAGCCAGUUCGCUCUUAUAUGAUCCAGCAUCUGGCCAAACAUGCCUCAGAGGUCAUUAGAUGUGACCCAGAGCCGAUUCCAGCAAACGCCAUUCCUACUCCUCCCUCCACGCCUCCUCACCGAGCCUCAUCAGCGGCCGCCCUACCGCCCUUGCCGACGCUGGAACAGUUCAUCUACUCUCUGGUUCAGAAAUCGUCUGUCCAGAUCCCAACACUAAUGACCUCUUUGGUCUACCUCGCCCGUCUGCGAUCCCGGUUACCGCCUGUGGCGAAGGGAAUGCGUUGCACAGUCCAUCGCAUCUUCCUUGCUUCUCUGAUCCUGGCGGCCAAGAACUUGAACGAUUCAAGCCCAAAGAAUAAGCAUUGGGCACGAUACACCACCGUGAAGGGCUUUGAUGGAUUCGGAUUCGCUCUGGCAGAGGUGAAUUUGAUGGAGAGACAGCUCUUAUACCUGCUUGACUUUGACGUCCGGGUGUCGGAGCAAGACCUUUUUGACCAUUUCGAACCAUUCCUGGCACCUAUCCGAUUCCAGAUGGAACUUCAACAACAACACGAAGAGAUCCAGCUGACAAGCCUCAACCGAGUCUGGCACUCUCACCAGACCUCCUACGAUUCCAACGUAUCUCUCCCACCAACUCGCAAGGAAAAUAUCCUUCCCAGUGUCGCAACGCCCCCGCCGAGGGCGACAGGUGUCUACGACUCUCCAGCGUCUUGCGUCGACGAAGAGCUCGCGCAUGGUCGUUAUGCGCGCCAGAAAGUCAACAACGGCUCUCUGUCGCUGCCUGCCCAAAGCCAUAACCGACGGUGGGCAUCGCCUUUCCGACAUUACGGGAACAACCGAUCCGUGUCACCGCCUUCAAUCCGAGAUCUCCCACCACUGGUUCCGUCCAGCAGACCCGGAACCAUGCAUGGCCACUCCAACUCCAGAUCUUCGUCCAUGGCACCAUCGCUACGAUCGCGAUCUUCAUCCAUUGCUCCUACAUCUCGGGGGACGCCUUACAGUGUAUCAUCAGGCAUCGAUGACGCCGUUGUGGUGGUUGACCUAACAGAAAGCCCUGACGCGUCGUAUCACAACGCCUACACCAAAGCAAUGUCAGUGUCCAGGCCGAGCCUCAAAGGCCACCAGACAAGCUUCCAAGGCGAAAGCCAGCAACCCGCCAAAAAGGCUAGGGCGGACUCUGGCGUCGGUGGCGUCAUGGCCAGAAUCUUCAGCUCGGCUACCAGCAAUUACAGACUCGGAAGGACGCCGAUUCAAGUGGCUUAG